UUUUGUCGCAUUUUUCUCUCCCAGUUUUUCAGUAUAUCAUCAUCAACCUCUGUGUGUUUUCGAGUUUUGAGUCGCUGGCAUCUUGGAUCGUUGAGUUCUUCCUACCCCGUGGGCGAUCGCAUGCGCCGCAGUGUCUCCAUCCCUGCGACGACUGAGCAGCGCAGGGUUCCUUAAGAGACUAACUGGCACGGACGGCUUGAUGAUUGUCUGAUCUUUUUUCUGGGCCGUCCAGAACCGUUUGGAUGCACCCUCUAAAUCCAUUCCUCCGUGCCUUCUUUCGAAGCACCGUUCCAGGGCAAUGCAUACCGAUCGAGAAUCAUGUUCUACUGGUCCCUACCACUGAAUCCCUAAUCUGGUCCCGCGAUCGAGAAACGAACCUCCACUAUUCUGAUUUGGUUACUUCUGAAGAAUUUCUUGGAAGCCAUGUCUUGCGUAUUCCGCCCUCAACCGGAUCCGCUGGAAAAGACGAGACAAAUGUCCGUGAUAGCAGGGGAAAGGCAAAACAGUUGACUACUGUGAAUGGAAGAACCGUGAUAAUUAAGGAGAACUCGGUCUACAGCAAUAAAGGCUUCAAAUCCCUAAGCCAAACCCAACUUCUGUCAGAUGUCCUCUAUUAUUCCUCAGGCCAUGAAUCUCAGUCAUGGCUCAUCUACUAUAUCUCCCGACCCCUUAUCGGAUCGUUCGAGCCCGCAAAGAUCGUUCCCGCUAUGAUCCCCGGAACCAUGUCGAGGAAGGAUGCCAUCGAGAGAACUGGAGAGCAGAUCUUGUCGCCACCUAAAAAGGAAAUCAGAACUUUCGGUGAACUAUUAUCCAACUUCCCGAUGAUUGCGAAGCAAAUGCAGCCCGGGUUGGAGAGGUUGUUCCGGGAAUUUGGUAAAGAGCUGGGAAAACCAUUACCUCCUCCACCCUCGUUUUCUCCAUCCCUGUUUGUGGAGAAUGAAAAUGAAACCCCUCAUAGCGAAUACACAACGGACGACAAGGCUUCAGUGGACAGUCAGUCUCCCCAAGAAAACGGCCGACUGCCAUUCAACUCCGAGGAAUAUUUUGAAGAUGACGAAGAUUUGAUGCGCCGUAGCCUCGAGACCGCCGUUACGGCCGCGAUUGAUCUUUUUCGCUUAGUAGAUAAACAGCAGCUUUCCCUUCUUGGUGCGUCGACAGAUCUUACGGGGCCUUUGGUUGAGCGACUUAUUGAGCGCUACGUUGCUGAACAAGUGCACUCAUCACUUCUCUUUCCUCGUCUGUGCAGUUUUCGCCAAGAGGAAGAUGCAGAGUUGGACUCCAGAAUUCGUCACAUGGAAAAUGUUGACGUCUCACAAGUUGGAAUCGUGGUUGAAGGCGGGCAUGAUGGCAAAAGAGAAUUACUGCAGCGACUAGGAAAAGGAGUAGAUGAAUUCAGAAAAAUGUCGGAGGCCCGUUGUCCCCAGGACAUGUUGAAUACACUGCUCGAGACUGUGAAAGUGAUUUCUUCCCCUGGAAAUUACAAUCAAGGCGAUAUGCUGGCAUCCGAGAAGCGGUUCGACACUGUGACUAUUAACGCCGAUAUUCUAGUCUCAUUACUUUUGAUUGUGGUCAUCAGAUCUCAGAUCAGACACCUGCAGGCCAGACUCCUGUAUAUGCAGCAUUUUAUUUACAUCGACGAUGUUGAUAGUGGCGAAAUGGGCUACGCCCUGAGCACCUUCGAAGCAGUCCUCACCUACUUAGUGACGGACUCGGCAGGUCUUAGAAAAGCUAGUUCCCGUAACAAGCGCUUGUGGACCGCUACGAAAUUGGGUCAAGUUUCUGGAAUUAAGGCAAUUCUAGAACCUCAUCUUGAUCAAGAUUCGUCAGAAGAUGCUCCUUUCGAGCUACCUGGGAAAUCUGUUUUCUUCAACACAGACAAUGAACGGCAAGAUGGGCCCUCGUGCAGGUUUUCAUCCUUAUACCGUAUGCCAGUGGACGUGAAUGACGAGUCGGCGAUUGAAUCUCCGCCUGGGACACCACGACUGGCGCACGUAUUUCCCUUUCAGACGUGGGACACUGAUUCUCCUAAAGAUGUUGGCCGCCCUGCAAAGAAGAAGGUGUCUAUGAAUGUCCGCAGCCUAUCAGAAUCGUCAGCCGUUUCAUCGGGUGUCUCAAUUCUUUCACGGACUACUACGAUUGGAUCAACGACAAGUGCAAUUGAGGGAGAUAGCUCUCUUGAGACGUUGGCAAAGACACAAGAUCCUGCAGGCGACUCCAUUCCCAUGAUGGCGGUUGAGAGUCGUCAGCCACAGGCUUUACGGUAUCUUUUGAGCUUGGAAGAAUAUUACUCGUUAGAGGACAUCCUUGAGGACACCAAUAUGGACGGGACAACGCUCCUUAGUGCUGCGGUCCAGCUCACUCACACGGAGAUAGUGGAUAUCCUUCUUGACCUCCUCUUGAACACAGCCGAUGAGACCACGAUUGCCUCGUAUCUGACAAAGUCGGACAUCCACGGACGCACAGUUGGCCAUUAUCUUUUCAGCAUGCCGUCUCUUAUGUCUAGACUCGGGAGAUUACUGCCCUGGCGGCAACGGGACAAGCACGGACAAACACCACUCUUUGCCCUCUGCAGAUCGUACGACCAUCCUGACUACAAAGCGAUGCUAAAAGAAGCCUUGACGACGGCUCAGGAGGCUCAGGGGGAUGGUAAACCUCUUCGGCUUGAGGACCAUGUGGACUCUAAGGGCAACACACUGUUGCAUAUUGUCAGUGAACCUGAAAUCACAGUUCAGAUUCUACGAGAGUGCGAUUGCGAUCCAAAUGCAACAAACGACAAAAGAUUCACACCAUUGAUGAUGGCGAGCAAAUAUGGACGUGUGGAUCUAGUACGGCUGCUGUUUAUGGAUCCAAGAGUUGACGUCCAUCUCAAAGAGGCCCGCGGUUUAACGGCUGUCGAGCUGGCGAAAGACGAUGAAGUUCGAAACCGCAUUGAUGACCUGAUCCUUCUUUCCACACCCCAAUCGGUAUAUAGCGACCCAUCCGGUCGCAUCACAACCGUCGUGCGAUCCUUCUUCGUCGAGGACGCUACGGUGCGCUUUGUCCUUAAAUCGGGUGCACCCAGUCUGACUUCCGACUCUGCCUCAUCCAGAUCUGGGCGGACAACGUACACAGUCACGACAUGCCGUCGCACCCUGUCUGAUUUCGAGAACCUGGCCAAAUGGCUCUCCAUCGAACAUCCAGCGUCGUACAUGCCAUCUCUCUCCGAUUUCCGCAACCCAUUCCAGAUCCACUCCAAACCAUCACGUUCCGUGCUUCACAACAUGCAAGAAAAACUAGACCGGUUUCUCAAGAUCCUACUUACACACCCUACAUUUGCCACGCAUGAGAUGCUGUGGGAGUUCUUCCUCGUACCGGAGCUGCAACCCGAUAUGUUAGCGGAUAGAUCUCAACGAAAGGCCAUAUCUCUCUCGGAGUCCAUUGCAGAUGAAUAUGAACCUAUUACUCCAGAGGGAAUGCGGGACAUUGAACAAUUUAUCUCCCACGCCCAGGACAUGGUUCGUCCUGCUCACGCUAGCACCCGCUCGCUUAUCCGACGAGGCCAUGCCCUGCAAAACGCCACUGCAGACGUAGCAGAAGCCGUAAGUCUCUGCGCCUCUGUCUUCUCGACCUUCCAGGACUCCGUAACUGUCAGUGCCCUCCCGAAAUCCCACAUAAACGCCCUCAAUCGCUACGCCGCUUGCCUCUCAGCCUCCUCAUCAGAUUCCUCCCCUCUCCUGCAAUUCAUCGGGUCCUUGUCAUCCAUCGAUAGCACAACUUCUGCCGUCCUCACCUCCCUCUCAAGACCUACAACUCUUAUAUCCAGUCUGAGCUCAACGAAUAGGAACCUCUCUCGGCACCGGUCUUCCCUUCUGUCCUCCUCCUUGCCCCGGAAGUUCAACCUUACUUUCCCCGGCCUGGAAGAAUCCCGGCAGAAGUCUGUACGGGAGCUCGAGCAGAAGAUUCACGACUCGGAAAUCCAGUCUUCCCGUCUCGCUCGUGAAAUCACAUGGAAUAAAGAUGUCGUCGUCGGUGAACUUGCGGGCUGGACGACGUGGAGAGAGAAGACGGGCAGGGAAGCUAUUCGGAAUUUUGUGAAGGAGACAUUAGUCAGAGAAAGGGAGCGGGGGAAAAGACUUGAACGGUGUUGGAGGAGUGUGAGAUCUGAAACUGAAUGGAACUGA